GUUGCUAGGAGACGUCCCCGCGACGCCGCGAUGGCGGCGGGCUCCGUGUACCCGGACCCCGCGGGCCUGGACCCCGCGGCCGUCGUGGACCCCGUGUGGCUGUGGCGAUGCAAGCGGCGCGUCCAGGACACGAAGGAGUGGACGGCCUUCGCGGAGCAGCUGUCCCGCGGCGUGCAGUUGCAGCUGUCCGAGGGCCGCGUUGCGUCCUUGGGGGAUCUCUCAGAGGCCGAGAAGUCGCUGAUUGUCGAGCGGGCGAUGUCGUCGCUCCAGGGAGGAGACGUGUACAAGUCCGUUGUGGCCAAAGUGGCCUCCAGCUUGGACGAGCAGUUGGUGCAGCAGGUGGCCGUUGAGGUGGCUGACGAUCGCGCCCGUCCCAGGAGCAGGGUCCAGGUGGUGCAGGAACUUCUCAAGAGUGGACUGGUCAGCAUUCUCCACAAAUGGCCAGAGUUGAGAUCCAAGCUCGGCGUGCUGUUUAACCAUCCCCUGCCGUCUGGGAUUCGAGAGCCAGUGUGGCACCUGUACCUCGCCAACGCUCGCGAGAGGACCGACUUCCUCGCACGGUUCACCAGCGACCCAGCGAGCGUGCAGUCAACGCAGGAUGCGGAGAUUUUCCUGCGCUGCGAGUCUCUCCUCUUCUCGGAGCCCACGUUCCGGCAGCUGGCUUCCAGCAAAGCCACCGCGAGGACGAUGCGCAGCGUGCUGUCGUACUACCACACGCGCAAGCGCCCGCCUGGUGUGCUCCUCGACUCCGAGUAUCUGCUGGUGGUUCCGCUGGUGAGGGUGCGGUUGGGCAGGGGAGCUCGCGUGGAGCCACAGAUGUCCGUCAUGGCUCACCUGAUGGAGGAGUUCCUCACUUUCAUGGAGUCCCGGCCGGCAUACAUGACCUCGUCCUGGACUAAGGGCACGGAGCAUGGAGAGGCCGAACCGAUGCUGCAGCAGAUUGCGUCCACGCUGGUGAACAUCGACAAGGACCUUGCCGUGGCUGUGCAGAAGGCGUUCGGACAGGCAGGAGAAAAUCCCAAGGAAGCUGUGAUGAUUGGCCUGGUGGCGUUGCUGCAACCCGUGGUUAGGGUCCUAUUUGUGGGCUUCCUGCAGCUGGAGGUGCUGCUCUAUGUGUGGGACCAGUACAUCCUGGGCCUAGAGCAGCCGGCCUACGACUGCCUGCCGGCCUUUUGCCUGUGCCUCCUGCUGCUGCUACGCGACCAGCUGUUGACUUGCGACAACCCCAGCCGCAUGAUGGACACACUGCAUACUAACGGUCCCAGCCUCACCGUCCACGACUUCCAGGUCACCAUCGUCAAGCACUUCUAUGACCAGCUGUCUCGAGACCUCAACAAGUGGAACGUCGAUGAGCUGCUGGAGCUCGACCCCGCAUACUCCAUGGACGUCCCUUCGCUGUGGAUGCGGCUGGCUGCCGUGGAGCCCUUGACGGAGCAAGCAGACGCAACGCACAAGGCCAGGCAGCCGCUCGGAGCUGAGCGAGUUGAGUGGCAGGCGGAGCGGUUGCCCGGUGACUGGAGGAGAGGCGACCUCCGGGACCGCAGCAGGAGGUCAGGGUUAAGGCAUGAGGACGGGAGGGUGCAGAGGCUGAUGGAGGACAGUCAGAGGAUGGAGUGGGAGCAGAGGCAGAGCCUGGAGGAGCAGCUGGCACAGGAGCGACACGCUCGCUACAAGAUGCUACGGGAGGCCGAGGAGCAGAUGGGACGUCUUCGUGGGGAGAUGGAGCGGCUGCAGCGCCGGCAGCCUCUGAACGGCUACUACCCUGACAGGUCUCUCCCUCCGUCGCUGUCUCCAUGGGGGAGCACGGGGCCGGACCCCUUCCCACGCGCGGCCAACGGCUGGAGCGGGAGUGACAGGACGGCGUUGCCCCGGUUGCCCCAGAACUCCCACGGCAUGGCCACCCAGUGGCACACGGCAACAGACAGGAGGCUGGACACGCUGGCAGAUGGCGACCCCGGGAGCCAGCCAGGGGCAGCCACAAGCACCCGGCACGGGCAUGACAAGCGAGGCAACCGCACCGGCACAGCAUAGUGAGAGCGCAACACGGUGCUAGCCACCUCUUUAACCACAAAGCUAACCACGGUUCGAAAAACGAUUGGCAUCACAGCACACCGGAUCCAUUUGGAGCCUCCUUAAUCUUCGCUAGGGGUUCUUGGCUUUGAUUUGUAAUAAGUCAACAUGUUUAAAAUUGUUAACAACUUUACUUAGCUUUGUCACUUCAAUCGGCCCACAGCCUGAGAGCUUUUACAGAUUCCGAGUGUGGAAUCUGUAAAAGCACUCAGCGCUGUCUGCCCUGCCUGCAUUCUCAUCCGGAGUCUCGCUAACUUCCUGUUUUGAGUUUGGGUUAGAAGUGGGCGGAGGUCUCUCCGCACGCCGGACACCACGCUGACCAGGGUAAUACCCGGACGCCUCGCUCUGCUUUAACGACCUUGCGGCCCUUACUCAACCGGACACUGACCGGACACGCCUUGCCAAGGACACGUGCGGGUUUCAUCUGCUUCAUUUUGCUUACAUUGUCAGGUUUACGUGCAAGCGUGGUGUGUUCCAGACACACAUUUUCACGCAUCACACGGCAACGUCAGCAGCGCUGCGCGUGGGAUUAAAGCAUGGGAUCGUGUGCGUGCAGGCUGGAAACAAAAACAAAUACUACUACCUGGUACAGACUCACCGCGUCAUACGAAACAAUUCCUUAAUUAUUUGCACUUUCGCUUUGCAUCGCAGUAAUUCAAAACGCUUUGCUAAACUACGUAAACAUAAUAUAAAACGCCGAGUAUAAUAGGGAUAGCCUAACAGAAUUACGUUGACCAAUAUGAUUCUGUGCAUUUUGUGUUGAUGCACAGACGUUUAAUUAGAGGGGGGCACGUUCACGCGGUGUCGCAGAGGCGUGAAGUCGCGCUGCGGCGUGAUUUCGGCCUCAGGGGAACGGAGCUCUUUCCUCCGCGUCAUGAUUAACGCCGUCGCCAGGCGUGGCCAAUGGUGGAGACGGGAGACCUGAUCCUGCACUCGGUCACACGCGGCCCAGUGUCUCUUCCACCACCCUGUCCACCGGCGGAGCACGAGGCACCGCCAGUGUCGUCACGGCUGUGCGGGGUCGGUGCGGUUGUCCGUGUUGUGCAGCAGCUGGCUGCUCUUCUCCGUCAUGUUGAGCUUGGUGUUGGGGAUUCCCGUGCGGUUUCCAUUCAGCUGUAAAUACAAACGUGCAGCCACACGCUAGCCAAAUUAUCCUCGUGAAAGGUGGUGGGCAAUCGCUGUCAAGGUCAGCAACGCGUCUCGAUGACUUGGGCUCUCGAGUGCUGAUCUUGACCACGCUGCACAUUUUCUCACUCGUCCUGUGCCCGAUGGCACGUCUUUGGCUCGCACUCCCUCCAUCCUGUUUGAUCUUGAGCUUCUUCAUUCACUGUAUGACCCCCUCUCUGCCUUGAAGAAUUCCAGCAACAUAUUUAUAUUUCUGCCUCUUGGUCUCUUUCACAACACCCUUCCAGAACUUUCUUCAUCAAGUUUUCACAUCUGCCUUCCCCACUCUCUUUUGCCAUUUCUGGACUGUUCUCAUAGGACUGUUCUCCUCCCAAACCUUCUCUAGAACUUUCUCAUUCCAUAUUCUUGGUUCUUUCGGUAAAGUCACGUAGAUAGAAAACAAAAAUCGAAAUUAAAAGCAAAAAACCCACGACGUUUCGAUCGCAACACAAGGGGUCUUCUUCAGGUGUUUUGUUUUCUAUCUAAGUAACUUUACCGAAAGAACCAAAAAUAUGAAUUCCUACAGUCACGAAAGUUUUAAGUCUAAAUUUCUCAUUACAUUUAUCUCCAUCCAGCGAUGUUCUCUAUUCGAUGCCAGUCCGGCACACUGCACCACGUGCUCAUUUUGGGUUUAAGCGAGGCGAGGCGGGCGCACGCGCACACACACACACACCCCGAGGGGCAGCCCUGGGCGGCCCUGCCUUGUAUGGUCUGCAGUGCUGGCCCCACUCCACAGCUUUGGGGUGCGAGUCACAACGAUGCUGGCCUCUUCCUCACCCCGUUAACAUGCCCAGUCUCAUUCGUUAUGAAGUAGACAAUGUUUCAAUUAAUUGUUGUUAGCUACUAAUUUAAAAUUAUGAAAUGGAAAAUGUAUAAACGUUUCAAGAAAAAAAGCACGUCCGUGCUGUUUGUCGUCUGAUCAUCAUCUGGCACUAUCCCCGUUAUUGUAUAACUCAGAGCAAUACGUGUAUACAAACUGAGAAUAAUAAACAUUCAUGGAAAGUUUGA